AGGGCUGUUCACAACAUAUGUAUACAUUUUAAAAUAACUCAAAAUAAAUGUCAAUGACAAUCACUGAAUGAUGUAAAAUAUAGAAAUCUAUGUAAAAUAUAGUAUAUUUUAAAAACAAAGUAAACUGGCUUGAUUCCUCUGGAUCAAUCAUGCAACUAUGUUUGUGUGUCGGGAUGAAAGAGGAGCUUCAGGGUUUUUUUCCUGAUGCUUUUAAUACGGGGUCAUUGAAAAUCCAAAAAUUUUAUAGCCCACUAUAAAACAGCUCUUUAUCUUUUCUCCCCACUCAUUCUGUGGUGUCACACUUAACCAAACUAGGAAACUACAGAUAACAGAAGUGUUUGCAGAUUAGGCAACAGCCAAUAAAUAAGAUCAAUUUCCAUGCCAGCCAGAAUAAAGAUUCCUUAUCAUUGUUUAAACCUUUUGCUCUUUGUGAUGCCUGUGAAUAUUUUAACCCAAGGAAGUUAAGAGAUUGUCUUUUCUGUUCCCUCUCUUUUAAACAAAAGUAAAACACGCAUCUGUAUUAUCUUUUUAUCAGGUGUUACGGUAUAAAAGAACACAUGGCACCUAAAUUCAUGCUGCAGCUCACAUUUAAGCUGGUGCUGCUCGGGAAGGUGCUAUUUAGGAAAAUGCAGCUGUUUUGCCUUUUACUCCUCUUGUUUUAUCCUUGCAGAGCUCAAACCCCCACAUGCCCGCGGAAAUGCCACUGUGACUUGGCAGGGAGAGUGCAGUGCUAUAGAGUUGGAGAAGUGCCUAAAGAGAUUGCUAAAACUACCAGGGGAAUUUACAUCAGCCAUGGCAAGAUCAAACACCUCCAGGUAACUGACAUCAGCAGCAUGUCUGCCCUUGAAGAAUUUGUCCUGACCUGGAGUGGGACAGAAUCAGUGGAGAAUAACACUUUCAAAGCUCUGGAUGCAUUGAGGACCUUGGAACUUCGGAAAAAUAAACUAAGGCACAUACCUAGCUUGCUUCCAGGAAGCCUUGAAGUACUGAAGCUGGGGGACAAUUUAAUAAGUGUUGUACAUGAAUCUAAUUUUGAAGGUUUACAAAAAUUAAGGGUACUUGAAAUACAAAGCAACGUGAUUUUGGCUCUUUCUUUUAGUACUCUCUCCUCCCUCAGCAGCUUACAAAGUUUGACUUUGGAUGGAAAUAAUAUGGAAUAUGUGUCUGGAACCUUCUACCUACCCAACCUAAAGUAUCUUAGCAUGGAAAACAAUAAGCUGCAAUCUUUCUCAGGAGGAUUUUUUAUAUCGCUUUGCAAUUUGUUAUUUCUCAACUUAAAUGGCAAUUUACUGACAAGCACCCCUUCAGAUCUGCCUACAUCUUUAUUGACAUUGAAGUUAGAAAGAAACCAGCUCAAAAUGCUAAAAUUUGGAGAUAUGAGGCAAAUGGCAAACUUGUCAGAGCUUUUCCUGUCUGAAAAUCAGCUUUCAUCACUUGAGGGUGCAGAGUUUCUUUCCAGUUUAACUAGACUGGAGCUGUCUGGGAACAAGCUCCAGAUAAUCCCAUCCAGAUUACCAGUCACGCUACAGAAAUUUGAUUGUAGCAAUAACCUGAUUGACAGAAUAAAGGCGCAAGAUUUCCAGGAACUACAUAGUCUAAAGCACUUCUUCCUUGACAACAAUGUUGUUGCCACAUUUGAAGAUGGGGCACUUCAGAACUGCACGCAACUGUCUAAUCUGGCACUUGAACAAAAUCUACUUGGCUCUAUUCCAUUAAGACUCCCACAUACACUAGCCAGACUGGAUCUGAAAGGAAACAGCAUACAAAGAAUUAAGGAGCAGGAGCUGAAGAAUUUAAGGCACCUGCAGGUCUUAAACCUACGGAACAACAAUAUAUCCACCAUAGAUCACGGUCUCUGGAAAUAUUUACCUCGACUCAGAUACCUAUAUCUGGACAGCAACCCAUGGAAUUGCACUUGCGAAUUCCUCAAAACCAGAAGGGUGCUCACAGCCAAAGGCAUAGAUGUUAAAGGAGGACAAUGUAAAGCACCAGCAGAAAGCCAGGGUGAAAGCUGGAUGUCUUCAAGAAAGGUUCUGCAUUUGUGUGCACACAACAAUCUGUAUUCAUUAGAAGGAGAAGAAAUAGGAAAGAACGCAAGCGUUAAUAAUCCCUCCAGUCUCAGAGUAAACAUGGAUGAUUAUUAUGAUUAUGAAAUAUAUUAAAUAGAAGUCCCCAAUAAAUUGCGAACUUGAGAUUAAUUCGGUCCUCCAGAGCAAUCUAUCCCUGACAUUUUUUCAUUUUGACCUACAAAAUUGUAUCUAGUCAGCAGCUUCUAAACCUAUUGAAAUCAUUAGCUCUACUCAGGAUUGACCUGGUAAGGCUGGGCUGUUGCAUUCUUCCAGUUUCCAAAUGUUUGGAAUGGGAAUGAGACAAAUCUAGUGCUGUAUUAAUGUUGUUUAGACAACACUUCAGUGGGGCCCUAAUGAUGGUAUUGGGGUGGCUAUACACAAACCUGGUUUCAGUACUGUUUGCACAUGCAAAACAUUUGGGGUGAACCAAUCUGUUUCGUUUCUGAUCAGUGCAUGUACCAUAGCUUCCUGCUGAAAUCCUGUAACUUUUCAUACAGCAAAUGUCCAGGGUGUGUGUUCUGCUUUUGUUGUGUUGUAAUUCAAGUGCCACUUCAUACAACACUAAUGUUGGCUAUCUAUAGCAAUUAAUUGUAUAAAGAAGAUAUUCGUAUUUGAGAGUGUGGGUAGGCAGGGUGGUAGUGUUUUGAAAUCACAAAGUGCUUUGUUAGAAUCCACUUCGCUGUGCAUUUAAUAUGAGGUGUCAUGGGAAAAACAAGAAUGUGAAUAAAUGAAAAUUAGUAGUGCACCAAUAAAAUUGACUAAACGUA